AUGGCAUUCCUGAUGCAUACCACCGUCACAGCACUUGUACAUGGCAAUCCACUCUCUGUCGCAUCGCGCGGCGCCCUCGAUGCGCUCCAAGAUACCCCCAGCGCCACGCCCCUCCAGCAAGAGGAACUCCAAUGCCGCGCGCUCUUAUACCUUCUCGCACACCCACGCCUCUCGCUUGCGCGGAUCACCGAGCUUUGGUAUCCCGACGGCGCAUUCGACCCUUCGCUGCACCUUGUACUCACCGACGCCUCGCCUGCCGUGCGCAGACUCCAGCGUGCAGCGCUAUACCGCUUCUUUACCGCACUGCUCCAUGCCAACUGCUGGCUCGGCGCAGCGACGAUCCUGCACGAUGCACGCCUCCGCCCAUCGCAGCCAAAACACCUGCUCGGCGCGCUACUUGGUGCAAUGCCCGCAUCCGAGUCGGACCGCGCCGCCCUCGCCACCGCCUGCAAUGCCCUCGUCCUCCGCACCCACGGCCGUAUGAGCGCGCCGAUUUAUACCGCAAUGCUCGAGCGCCUUGCUGCACUGCACAUGCACCGCGAAAUAGACGUGUGGGUAUCGUUCAUCUCCAUCGCCUCGCUCGAUGGCCAGCUCCGGCGUGCUCUGCUUGCCAACAUUGUGCAUAACUUGACUGCACAAGGAGCGCAUUCAGCGGCAUGCACACUUGUAUGCGCCUUGCCGGCCGCCGCAUGUUCGCCGCGCAUAUACACAGCACUGCUUGGCCAGUACGCAGAUGCAUGGCUUGAUGAGCAAGGGCGCGCGAUCGGCAACUCACGCGCUGCUGCGCUAUGGCAGGCGCUUCGUAGACAUGGAGCACCGCGCCCCACGGCGUAUCUCGCGCGCCUUGCAUCCCACGCCCGCCACGCUCGUUCCAUGCACGCAAUCCGCGACCUGCGCAUCAUGCAUAAUACCCUGCGCCUUCCAGUACACGAUCCCAUCUGGUCGCGUGCAUUGCUGUACACGACGCGUGCGAUCCUUCGCUCCGGGAGGACGAGCUUGGGACUGCGCUACGUACGCCGCUACUUGCGCACGCACGCUUUGCCGCAGCCCGCUGCCUCGGCGCUGCUCAAUGUAUUCAUAGCCCACUUGCUUGACGGCGUACCGCAGAGCGCGCUCUCGCAUCCCUCGUGCAUCGCCGCACUCGCCAAGCUCUACCGCGGCGUCGUGUUUGCCGGCUCCGGAGCACACGCACAGCCAUGGCAAGCGCCGCUCUUGCCUGUGCGCAAUAUCCAGGCCAUGCAGCCCGCCAUGCUGCUCAUGCUCGUGCAUCACAUCGUGCACCUCGCCGCUGCGUGCCGUGCAAGUGCGGAUAAUACCACCAUCCUGCUCCUCGUGCGCGCCGCUGCGCAGUGGGACCAGCGCGUGGGCACGCGCGCUUUAUGGCACAUGGCAUCGCUUGCACUUCCAGAUAGCGACCCAGCAGAGCAUGCUGCAUCGCGUGCUGCACGAAGUGCACUCCUCCGCGCCCUUGCCGGCGCGUUUGUGCGGCGCCGCGACUGGCACAGUGUCCGCCGCGCCGUGGCCCUUGCGCGGUCGUUUCGAGCUCCACAUCCCUCCCUGCCGACGUAG